AUGAAACAAAGUCAAAGUAUUGCUGCAGAAAUUGGACAACCUUGCAUUAAUGUAACAUAUGAUCUAGCUAUAGCAAAAAUUGCUAUGCAGGUACAGUCUACAGAAAAACCAGUUUAUGAUAAUUUAUUUGUCCAUUUAGGACCGUUCCACAUCAUGUUAGCAUUGUUUAGAGCAAUUGGAAAAUUUAUUGACGACAGUGGAAUAAUGAAUGUAGCUGUUGAAAGU